AUGGGAGUAUGUGGAAAGUGCCCCGCGAGGCUCGGCGGCCAGAGCAGGCGCGGCGCGUCCCGCCCGGCGCGGCCCUCCCCCGGCGGCGCUGAUCCCGGCCCGGAGCCCCGCUCCCCAAGUGCCCGCCGACCGCGCGCCCGCCCGCUCAGCCCAAUGCUCCUCUUCGGGCUCCUCCUGCUGACAUCCGCCCUAGCCGGCCAGAGACCCGGGACCCGGGCUGAGUCCAACCUGAGCAGCAAACUCCAGCUCGGCAGCAACAAGGAGCAGAACGGUGUACAAGAUCCCCAGCAUGAGAGAAUUAUUACUGUGUCUACUAAUGGAAGUAUUCACAGCCCAAGGUUUCCUCAUACUUAUCCAAGAAAUAUGGACUUGGUAUGGAGAUUAGUAGCAGUAGAAGAAAAUGUGUGGAUACAGCUCACAUUUGAUGAGAGAUUUGGGCUUGAAGACCCAGAAGAUGACAUAUGCAAGUAUGAUUUUGUAGAGGUUGAAGAACCAAGUGAUGGAACCAUUUUAGGGCGCUGGUGUGGGUCUGGCAGUGUGCCAGGAAAGCAGAUUUCUAAAGGAAAUCAAAUCAGGAUCAGAUUUGUAUCUGAUGAGUAUUUUCCCUCGGAGCCCGGGUUCUGCAUCCACUACAACAUUGUCAUGCCACAGCUCACAGAAACUGUGAGUCCGUCCUCGCUGCCCGCCUCAGCCUUGCCACUGGACCUCCUGAAUAACGCCGUCACUGCCUUUAGCACCUUGGAAGACCUCAUUCGGUAUCUUGAACCAGACAGAUGGCAAUUAGACUUAGAAGAUCUCUACAGGCCCACUUCUUUGCAACUGCUGGGCAAGAAUUUCAUGUUUGGAAGAAAAUCCAGAGUGGUGGACCUGAACCUGCUCAAGGAGGAGGUGCGGCUCUACAGCUGCACGCCCCGCAACUUCUCUGUGUCCGUCCGGGAGGAGCUGAAGAGGACCGACACCAUCUUCUGGCCUGGCUGCCUCCUGGUGAAGCGCUGUGGCGGGAACUGCGCGUGCUGCCUGCAGACCUGCAGCGAGUGUCAGUGUGUCCCCAGCAAGGUCACCAAGAAGUAUCACGAGGUCCUUCAGUUGAGACCCAAGACAGGCGUCCGGGGGCUGCAUAAGUCACUCACGGACGUGGCCCUCGAGCACCAUGAGGAGUGUGACUGCGUGUGCAGGGGGAACCCUGGGGGAUAAUGCCUCACGGUGGCUCAGGGCUGCCUCUGCGAUGGAACUUGUGCCUUAUCUCCUUCCACAGUCCCGGCUGUUGGCUCCAGGGCCCUUUCAUCUUCAGGAUUUACAGCGUGUUCUGAGAGAGGAGACACCGGGUAGAAUUAGGGGUUGUGCAACGGCUGUUUGGAGAUGAGGCCCCACGACAAGAGGAACGUCCUCGCCGGGAAAAGGAAUGAACCUUGUAGAUUUCUAGUUAGUUGCAAAGUCCCUAUGAGCACCCUUGGCUGCAUUGUGUCUCUUGUCUGGAUGUGGCCUAGGUUCAUGUCAGCACAGGAAACACUGCCUGUGAGCCCCUGGUUCUGUCGCCUUGCUUAACUCUAAGCCCCAUGCUCUGGGGCUAAAAUCACAGAAAUCUCGGAUUGUUUCUUCUAGUCACAUGUAUAAGAGUGUUCUAAGUUCUACCAACAUGGGUUUUAAAAAGGAACUGUGUUGCCAUGAAUUAAACUUGUCAUGCUGAUAGGAGAGACUGGAUAUUCCAUAUUUCUUAAUCAGAUUUCUACCAUUUAGAAGAAGAGACCUCCAUGCAUGGUUUGGAACAGACAAACCUGAGAAGAGUGGCCUUAUCUUCACUUUAUAAGUUGGUUUAUUUGUUUU